AUGACAUCGCCUUAUCAACCGUCUACCUCAUUCUCAACCCCCGUUGACUCCGACAUGGUCACGGCUCCCAACAGAUCGGUCUCCGAUUUACCGCAAGCCCAAGUUGACGCGAUCAUUCGCACGAAGCGCAAAGCGCGCGAACCGAAAGCCUGCUACCCUUGUCAUGCGCGGAAGGUCAAAUGCGAUCGCAAUCUGCCGUGCGACGGCUGCGUCAAGCGCGACCAUGCAGAUCUUUGCUCCUACGAACGCCCGUCGAAGAAACGCUCACAGGCUUUUCACGAGAGCCCUUCUAUUGGUAGUGCAUCGACAGCACCUAUGGUGGAUUACUCGGCAGGGUAUUCAUACGACGAUGCCCCGGUAAAUUUGAAACACGAACCGGCACCAGCUCGGCCGAACGGUGCAGCGACUGGUGGUCGGGUAUCAAUCGCACGCGAGGAAUGGGACAAUGUGCGCAACAGAUUGAAAGAAAUGGAAUCAACGAUUUCUAAUCUUCGUGUUGGAUUGGAAAGAGCUGAAGAUGCACCGAUAUCCUUUGACACGGGAAGCGUGCAGAGUGGCGAUGCGAGUUCCCGCUCCAAGGGUGCUUCGCCGGAACGCGAGGGAAUUCAUGCCGCGAACACUCUGGGCAAAGGGACUGUUCAUCUCGGAUCCCGGUCCGUUCUGGCUUAUAUCUUGAAUAAUCAAUCUGGUUCCGAUCAACUGCAAGCCCUUUUGGAGGGAGGAAUACUUCCCAAACUGGGCCUGGAUAAUGAGUCUGCCACUUACCCAUUCGUCGAUCUAUGGUCAUCAGACAUGUCAACCUUUGAUAUCAGUGCCGUAUGCAGCGCCCUUCCAUCCGACGAGCAAUGCAGAGUAUUUUUUUACUGCUACAAGGAGAUUUCAGGAGCAAUCUAUCCUGUCCUGGAAGAUAUUUCUGCGUUUGAAAAAACCCUUGAACUCUUGAUACGAAACCGUAUAUCCGUUGGAGGCGAGUACAGAACAGAUACCGAAGAGGCCGAAAAUCCCUUCGGAGUAAGCAUUGCCUAUCUGGGUCUAUUGUUUGCUAUUCUUGCCUCCGGAUGCCAGUCAUCUGAUCUUGGCAGUAAAGAGAGGGAGUUGACUUCACAAGUAUAUGUGUGUUGCUCUUACCAAUGUCUCCGAAUGACAAAUUUCCUAUCCCAGCCCACCAUAGAAGCCAUUCAGACUCUCUUGGUGAUUGGCAAUGUAUUAUCCUAUAACAUGAAUCCUGGUAUUUCCUAUGUUCUGCUUGGCAUGACGCUUCGUAUGGGGUUGGCGCUUGGCUUGCAUGUCGAAUCAAGUCGGUUCUCAUCAGCCGAAAGAUACCGCCGGCGACACACAUGGUGGUCCAUGGCAUGGCAAGACAGCCACUUUUCUCUUUCCUAUGAUCGCCCCUCCACAACCGCAGUUUGCCAACCAGAAAUUGCGUACAAAGAGGGAUCUAAACGUGGCGAUUAUUCAUAUUUUGAAACCCUCUGUCGAGUCAUUUCUCUGGCGCUUGAAGUUGUUCGCAUUCGGAUGCUCAGCCCACAUGCUCAGUUCAGCCUUGACAGCAUCCAAACUUACAAGGAGCGAAUCUCAAAAAUCAUGAUAGAAGCAAAGCCAUACCUGCGCGAUGUGCAGUAUUGUCAAUCACCCACAGAGCAGCUGGAACGAGUUGUGCUCAAACUACACUCUUCCUACUUUUCUUCUGAGCUCUGCCGACCAGCGCUGAAGCCUAUGAAUGAUGUCAGUGACUCCGGCACUGCUAGUGUACGUAGGGACUGCGUUUUGAAUCUGAUGAUGACCGUUGAGGCCUACAUUGAGAUGCACAACAUCAGCUCUCAUUCGGCUCGCUCCUGGAUUGCAUUACAACGGGCAAUCAGUUCGGCAUUUCUUCUUGCCGUUAUCGAGGAGGCCAAAUCUGACCCUUCGGUUUGGAAUCUUUUACAUUCACUUGAGGGGAUCAUUGCCCAACGAGCCAACAAUGAAAGAGCAUACGAAUCUGCAGAUGGGGUCAAUGUGGCCUCUAUGACCUCUCCACGUCAGUCCUUGGGGACCUACGAUCCGAUUACAGGGGCCACGAACCCGCCGGGCUCUGUUGCCCCUGCAAUGAACCAAACAUCUCCUGCUGCAAUGCCCGCUGACACACAAACCCAAUGGGCAAAGUCUCUAGCAAAAACUCAUCGCGCUCUGCAGAAGCUGCUCACUGCCUUCGGAAAUCCACAAACGAGGCCUGCUGGAAGCGGCGGCACGCCUGCAUACAUGUCUCAAGUAAACCUCAAUCCGAAUUCCGCUGCCAUGGGCUCAUUUUCGGCUCCACCGGCUAGCAUGACCCCCAGUGUCGGCUCUCUGCCACCUCCCACACCAGAAAGCUCUGGAAGUGGCGAAUGGACAAUUCCAAAUAUCUUGGAUCGGGCUCAAGAGUACAUUCACCCUCCGUUGUGGGGUUGA